UGAAGUCUAGUGUGUGUGCGGUCCCCAAAAUCAUCACGAGGCCAGCAAGUGGCAACACGUAGGCAAGAAACGGCCCAGCAGUGCCGCCGCACACGCGUCGAGCGAUGACCCGCGAGUGUUCGUUGAAGAACCGGAAUUCCCGGCCAAACGCUUUCGGCACUUCCCAUCUCCCUCCCCCGCUCCCGCUACAGCCAGCGACAUCCACCACACCAUCAACCUCAUCCUCAUCCUUAUCAUCCCCCACUUCCCAAUUAAAUCCCCCUUCUCCUUCCUUCUCCUCCACCUAAGCCAUGGAGAGCACCGACUCCUCAUCAGCCUCACACCACCAGCCCCUGCUGCCUCCCGGUUUCCGUUUUCACCCCACCGACGAAGAGCUCGUCGUUCACUACCUCAAGAACAAAGCCUCCUCCGCUCCUCUCCCCAUCACCAUCAUAGCCGACGUCGAUCUCUACAAAUUCGAUCCAUGGGAACUCCCCGAGAAGGCUAAUUUCGGAGAGCAGGAGUGGUAUUUCUUCAGCCCGAGAGACCGAAAGUAUCCGAACGGCGCGCGGCCGAAUCGGGCCGCGACGUCCGGAUACUGGAAGGCGACCGGCACCGAUAAGCCUGUAUUGAGUUGCGGAGGAACUCUGAAGGUUGGGGUUAAAAAGGCUCUUGUUUUCUACGGCGGGAAGCCGCCUAAAGGCAUCAAGACUAAUUGGAUUAUGCACGAGUACCGCCUCGCGGAAUCCUCAUCCGCUUCCUCUCGGCUUCCGGUAGGGACGGUUAAUUACUCCUCUGUUGCCAAGAAGGCUUCGCUCAGGUUGGACGAUUGGGUCCUGUGCCGAAUCUACAAGAAGAACAGUACAAACCAUAGGUUUUCGGAUAGAUGCAUCCACGGCGUGAUUGGAUCUCCGGCCCAUCAUCAUUCUCCUAACCUUCAGCUGCAGACACCGAGAACCAGCUCUUCUGCCGCUAACUACACCGCGCUGCUGGAUGGAGCGGACGAGACCUUUUUCGAGGCUCUGCUUGCUUCCGAGGAUUGCCAAACUCAGGCCUGCAGGGAAAAGCCGUUGAUUUCCCAUUCGGCAAAGCAGACAACUCAUUUGCGGCAGGGUGUUGAGAACAACACGACUUCUUCCUCGGCGAAGAGGUUCCGAGCAAGCAGCAAUAAUGGCAGCGGCGGCGGCGGUGGCCCUGCGCCUUCUGUACUGAACCUUCUGAACCUGCAGAUCCCACAGCACUUGCGUCAGGAAACGCAGCUGGGAGAUGGCGGAGUAGCAUCUCUUUUCAGGCAGCCUUUCACUCUAUCUGAUAUUAAUUGGAGCUCUUGAUUCUGCGCUUGCAGGUAGCAUGAGGGUGGGGGUUUAAAUAUAUAUUCUCUAGCUAUGUGUUCAAUGUCAGCUCUGUAAUUCAUUUUGUAUGGUUGGAUUGGAAUUCAUACCAAAAAAAAACCUUUCUGUUAUCACCAUGAGCUGCAUACACAUCUGUAUCUACAGAAGUCUGGAGGUGCCCUAUAUCAUCUUUGUACCAAGCUGAUAUAGUUAUACAUAUUCAU